UGGUCCAGUACAGCAGAGAUGCAGAGGUCAGUUUCUAUCUGAACACACAUGACACCAGAGAUGAUGUUUUGGGUGCAGUCAGAGGGCUGAGACACAGAGGAGGCAGACCCCUCAACACCGGGGCAGCCCUCCAAUACGUCAGGGACAAUGUCUUCACAAACUCUGCUGGCAGCAGGAGUCUGCAAGGUGUUCCACAGAUGUUGAUCCUUCUAAAUGGCGGAAGGUCUUUUGAUGAUGCGGAAACACCGGCCGCUGCUCUCAGAGACAAGGGCAUCAUUGUGUUUGGCAUUGGAGCAGGAAGGGCUGCCGGGGCAGAGAUGAAAAACAUAGCAUAUGACCCCAGUUAUGCUGUGUCUGUGUCUGAUUUCUCUGACCUCCCCAAUGUCCAAGAGCAGCUCUCUUCUGUAAUGAGCACAACAGUAGUGCAGGUCACGACAAUUACACCAAAUGUAACCGUGGUGAGACAGCAAGCGGGAAGAGAUGUUGUUUUCUUAUUGGAUGGAUCUGAUGGUACUAGAAAUGAAUUCCCAGCCAUGCAAAACUUUGUCCAGAGAAUGGUAGAGAGACUGAAUGUGGAUGAAAACAGAGAUCGUGUGUCAGUGGUUCAGUACAGCAGAGAUCCUGCUGUCCAGUUCUACCUGAACACUUACUCAACAAAAGGAGAAGUCCUUGGCACAAUCAGAGGUUUGAGGCACAAAGGUGGAAGACCCCUGAACACUGGUGCAGCACUUCAGUACUUGAAGGAUAACAUCUUCACGGCCUCUGCUGGAAGCAGGCGCCAAGAAGGAGUGCCACAAGUGUUGAUAUUGUUAAGCGGUGGCAGGUCUAAUGACAGUGUUGAUGCACCGGCGUCUGCUCUCAAAGAAAUGGGUGUCUUGACAUUUACAAUUGGAACCAGAAACACAGACCCGAGAGAAAUGCAAAAGAUUUCACAUGAGCCGAGUAAGGCUGUCUCUGUGUCUGACUUCAGUGACCUCCCCAAUAUCCAGCAACAACUUGAGUCCUCUGUUGAGACUGUAAUUGUUGAGGCAGCCCCUGAAUCACCAACUGCACCUGUUGACAGUGCCAACAAGGAUAUAGUUUUCCUUCUGGAUGAUUCUGAUGCAACAAGAAAUGGCUUCCCUGCCAUGCGUGAUUUUGUGGAGAGAGUGGUGAAAACACUUAAUAUAGGUGAAAACACUGACCAUGUGUCUGUGGUCCAGUACAGCAGAGAUGCAGAGGUCAGUUUCUAUCUGAACACACAUGACACCAGAGAUGAUGUUUUGGGUGCAGUCAGAGGGCUGAGACACAGAGGAGGCAGACCCCUCAACACCGGGGCAGCCCUCCAAUACGUCAGGGACAAUGUCUUCACAAACUCUGCUGGCAGCAGGAGUCUGCAAGGUGUUCCACAGAUGUUGAUCCUUCUAAAUGGCGGAAGGUCUUUUGAUGAUGCGGAAACACCGGCCGCUGCUCUCAGAGACAAGGGCAUCAUUGUGUUUGGCAUUGGAGCAGGAAGGGCUGCCGGGGCAGAGAUGAAAAACAUAGCAUAUGACCCCAGUUAUGCUGUGUCUGUGUCUGAUUUCUCUGACCUCCCCAAUGUCCAAGAGCAGCUCUCUUCUGUAAUGAGCACAACAGUAGUGCAGGUCACGACAAUUACACCAAAUGUAACCGUGGUGAGACAGCAAGCGGGAAGAGAUGUUGUUUUCUUAUUGGAUGGAUCUGAUGGUACUAGAAAUGAAUUCCCAGCCAUGCAAAACUUUGUCCAGAGAAUGGUAGAGAGACUGAAUGUGGAUGAAAACAGAGAUCGUGUGUCAGUGGUUCAGUACAGCAGAGAUGCUGCUGUCCAGUUCUACCUGAACACUUAUUCAACAAAAGGAGAAGUCCUUGGCACAAUCAGAGGUUUGAGGCACAAAGGUGGAAGACCCCUGAACACUGGUGCAGCACUUCAGUACUUGAAGGAUAACAUCUUCACGGCCUCUGCUGGAAGCAGGCGCCAAGAAGGAGUGCCACAAGUGUUGAUAUUGUUAAGCGGUGGCAGGUCUAAUGACAGUGUUGAUGCACCGGCGUCUGCUCUCAAAGAAAUGGGUGUCUUGACAUUUACAAUUGGAACCAGAAACACAGACCCGAGAGAAAUGCAAAAGAUUUCACAUGAGCCGAGUAAGGCUGUCUCUGUGUCUGACUUCAAUGACCUCCCCAAUGUCCAGCAACAACUUGAGUCCUCUGUUGAGACUGUAAUUGUUGAGGCAGCCCCUGAAUCACCAACUGCACCUGUUGACAGUGCCAACAAGGAUAUAGUUUUCCUUCUGGAUGAUUCUGAUGCAACAAGAAAUGGCUUCCCUGCCAUGCGUGAUUUUGUGGAGAGAGUGGUGCAAAACCUUAAUAUAGGUGAAAACACUGACCAUGUGUCUGUGGUCCAGUACAGCAGAGAUGCAGAGGUCAGUUUCUAUCUGAACACACAUGACACCAGAGAUGAUGUUUUGGGUGCAGUCAGAGGGCUGAGACACAGAGGAGGCAGACCCCUCAACACCGGGGCAGCCCUCCAAUACGUCAGGGACAAUGUCUUCACAAACUCUGCUGGCAGCAGGAGUCUGCAAGGUGUUCCACAGAUGUUGAUCCUUCUAAAUGGCGGAAGGUCUUUUGAUGAUGCGGAAACACCGGCCGCUGCUCUCAGAGACAAGGGCAUCAUUGUGUUUGGCAUUGGAGCAGGAAGGGCUGCCGGGGCAGAGAUGAAAAACAUAGCAUAUGACCCCAGUUAUGCUGUGUCUGUGUCUGAUUUCUCUGACCUCCCCAAUGUCCAAGAGCAGCUCUCUUCUGUAAUGAGCACAACAGUAGUGCAGGUCACGACAAUUACACCAAAUGUAACCGUGGUGAGACAGCAAGCGGGAAGAGAUGUUGUUUUCUUAUUGGAUGGAUCUGAUGGUACUAGAAAUGAAUUCCCAGCCAUGCAAAACUUUGUCCAGAGAAUGGUAGAGAGACUGAAUGUGGAUGAAAAAAGAGAUCGUGUGUCAGUGGUUCAGUACAGCAGAGAUGCUGCUGUCCAGUUCUACCUGAACACUUAUUCAACAAAAGGAGAAGUCCUUGGCACAAUCAGAGGUUUGAGGCACAAAGGUGGAAGACCCCUGAACACUGGUGCAGCACUUGAGUACUUGAAGGAUAACAUCUUCACGGCCUCUGCUGGAAGCAGGCGCCAAGAAGGAGUGCCACAAGUGUUGAUAUUGUUAAGCGGUGGCAGGUCUUUUGACAGUGUUGAUGCACCGGCGUCUGCUCUCAAAGAAAUGGGUGUCUUGACAUUUACAAUUGGAACCAGAAACACAGACCCGAGAGAAAUGCAAAAGAUUUCACAUGAGCCGAGUAAGGCUGUCUCUGUGUCUGACUUCAAUGACCUCCCCAAUGUCCAGCAACAACUUGAGUCCUCUGUUGAGACUGUAAUUGUUGAGGCAGCCCCUGAAUCACCAACUGCACCUGUUGACAGUGCCAACAAGGAUAUAGUUUUCCUUCUGGAUGAUUCUGAUGCAACAAGAAAUGGCUUCCCUGCCAUGCGUGAUUUUGUGGAGAGAGUGGUGAAAACACUUAAUAUAGGUGAAAACACUGACCAUGUGUCUGUGGUCCAGUACAGCAGAGAUGCAGAGGUCAGUUUCUAUCUGAACACACAUGACACCAGAGAUGAUGUUUUGGGUGCAGUCAAAGGGCUGAGACACAGAGGAGGCAGACCCCUCAACACCGGGGCAGCCCUCCAAUACGUCAGGGACAAUGUCUUCACAAACUCUGCUGGCAGCAGGAGUCUGCAAGGUGUUCCACAGAUGUUGAUCCUUCUAAAUGGCGGAAGGUCUUUUGAUGAUGCGGAAACACCGGCCGCUGCUCUCAGAGACAAGGGCAUCAUUGUGUUUGGCAUUGGAGCAGGAAGGGCUGCCGGGGCAGAGAUGAAAAACAUAGCAUAUGACCCCAGUUAUGCUGUGUCUGUGUCUGAUUUCUCUGACCUCCCCAAUGUCCAAGAGCAGCUCUCUUCUGUAAUGAGCACAACAGUAGUGCAGGUCACGACAAUUACACCAAAUGUAACCGUGGUGAGACAGCAAGCGGGAAGAGAUGUUGUUUUCUUAUUGGAUGGAUCUGAUGGUACUAGAAAUGAAUUCCCAGCCAUGCAAAACUUUGUCCAGAGAAUGGUAGAGAGACUGAAUGUGGAUGAAAACAGAGAUCGUGUGUCAGUGGUUCAGUACAGCAGAGAUCCUGCUGUCCAGUUCUACCUUAACACUUACUUCACAAAAGGAGAAGUCCUUGGCACAAUCAGAGGUUUGAGGCACAAAGGUGGAAGACCCCUGAACACUGGUGCAGCACUUCAGUACUUGAAGGAUAACAUCUUCACGGCCUCUGCUGGAAGCAGGCGCCAAGAAGGAGUGCCACAAGUGUUGAUAUUGUUAAGCGGUGGCAGGUCUUUUGACAGUGUUGAUGCACCGGCGUCUGCUCUCAAACAAAUGGGUGUCUUGACAUUUACAAUUGGAACCAGAAACACAGACCCGAGAGAAAUGCAAAAGAUUUCACAUGAGCCGAGUAAGGCUGUCUCUGUGUCUGACUUCAAUGACCUCCCCAAUGUCCAGCAACAACUUGAGUCCUCUGUUGAGACUGUAAUUGUUGAGGCAGCCCCUGAAUCACCAACUGCACCUGUUGACAGUGCCAACAAGGAUAUAGUUUUCCUUCUGGAUGAUUCUGAUGCAACAAGAAAUGGCUUCCCUGCCAUGCGUGAUUUUGUGGAGAGAGUGGUGCAAACACUUAAUAUAGGUGAAAACACUGACCAUGUGUCUGUGGUCCAGUACAGCAGAGAUGCAGAGGUCAGUUUCUAUCUGAACACACAUGACACCAGAGAUGAUGUUUUGGGUGCAGUCAGAGGGCUGAGACACAGAGGAGGCAGACCCCUCAACACCGGGGCAGCCCUCCAAUACGUCAGGGACAAUGUCUUCACAAACUCUGCUGGCAGCAGGAGUCUGCAAGGUGUUCCACAGAUGUUGAUCCUUCUAAAUGGCGGAAGGUCUUUUGAUGAUGCGGAAACACCGGCCGCUGCUCUCAGAGACAAGGGCAUCAUUGUGUUUGGCAUUGGAGCAGGAAGGGCUGCCGGGGCAGAGAUGAAAAACAUAGCAUAUGACCCCAGUUAUGCUGUGUCUGUGUCUGAUUUCUCUGACCUCCCCAAUGUCCAAGAGCAGCUCUCUUCUGUAAUGAGCACAACAGUAGUGCAGGUCACGACAAUUACACCAAAUGUAACCGUGGUGAGACAGCAAGCGGGAAGAGAUGUUGUUUUCUUAUUGGAUGGAUCUGAUGGUACUAGAAAUGAAUUCCCAGCCAUGCAAAACUUUGUCCAGAGAAUGGUAGAGAGACUGAAUGUGGAUGAAAACAGAGAUCGUGUGUCAGUGGUUCAGUACAGCAGAGAUCCUGCUGUCCAGUUCUACCUGAACACUUAUUCAACAAAAGGAGAAGUCCUUGGCACAAUCAGAGGUUUGAGGCACAAAGGUGGAAGACCCCUGAACACUGGUGCAGCACUUCAGUACUUGAAGGAUAACAUCUUCACGGCCUCUGCUGGAAGCAGGCGCCAAGAAGGAGUGCCACAAGUGUUGAUAUUGUUAAGCGGUGGCAGGUCUAAUGACAGUGUUGAUGCACCGGCGUCUGCUCUCAAACAAAUGGGUGUCUUGACAUUUACAAUUGGAACCAGAAACACAACAGACCCGAGAGAAAUGCAAAAGAUUUCACAUGAGCCGAGUAAGGCUGUCUCUGUGUCUGACUUCAAUGACCUCCCCAAUGUCCAGCAACAACUUGAGUCCUCUGUUGAGACUGUAAUUGUUGAGGCAGCCCCUGAAUCACCAACUGCACCUGUUGACAGUGCCAACAAGGAUAUAGUUUUCCUUCUGGAUGAUUCUGAUGCAACAAGAAAUGGCUUCCCUGCCAUGCGUGAUUUUGUGGAGAGAGUGGUGAAAACACUUAAUAUAGGUGAAAACACUGACCAUGUGUCUGUGGUCCAGUACAGCAGAGAUGCAGAGGUCAGUUUCUAUCUGAACACACAUGACACCAGAGAUGAUGUUUUGGGUGCAGUCAGAGGGCUGAGACACAGAGGAGGCAGACCCCUCAACACCGGGGCAGCCCUCCAAUACGUCAGGGACAAUGUCUUCACAAACUCUGCUGGCAGCAGGAGUCUGCAAGGUGUUCCACAGAUGUUGAUCCUUCUAAAUGGCGGAAGGUCUUUUGAUGAUGCGGAAACACCGGCCGCUGCUCUCAGAGACAAGGGCAUCAUUGUGUUUGGCAUUGGAGCAGGAAGGGCUGCCGGGGCAGAGAUGAAAAACAUAGCAUAUGACCCCAGUUAUGCUGUGUCUGUGUCUGAUUUCUCUGACCUCCCCAAUGUCCAAGAGCAGCUCUCUUCUGUAAUGAGCACAACAGUAGUGCAGGUCACGACAAUUACACCAAAUGUAACCGUGGUGAGACAGCAAGCGGGAAGAGAUGUUGUUUUCUUAUUGGAUGGAUCUGAUGGUACUAGAAAUGAAUUCCCAGCCAUGCAAAACUUUGUCCAGAGAAUGGUAGAGAGACUGAAUGUGGAUGAAAACAGAGAUCGUGUGUCAGUGGUUCAGUACAGCAGAGAUCCUGCUGUCCAGUUCUACCUUAACACUUAUUCAACAAAAGGAGAAGUCCUUGGCACAAUCAGAGGUUUGAGGCACAAAGGUGGAAGACCCCUGAACACUGGUGCAGCACUUCAGUACUUGAAGGAUAACAUCUUCACGGCCUCUGCUGGAAGCAGGCGCCAAGAAGGAGUGCCACAAGUGUUGAUAUUGUUAAGCGGUGGCAGGUCUUUUGACAGUGUUGAUGCACCGGCGUCUGCUCUCAAACAAAUGGGUGUCUUGACAUUUACAAUUGGAACCAGAAACACAGACCCAAGAGAAAUGCAAAAGAUUUCACAUGAGCCGAGUAAGGCUGUCUCUGUGUCUGACUUCAAUGACCUCCCCAAUGUCCAGCAACAACUUGAGUCCUCUGUUGAGACUGUAAUUGUUGAGGCAGCCCCUGAAUCACCAACUGCACCUGUUGACAGUGCCAACAAGGAUAUAGUUUUCCUUCUGGAUGAUUCUGAUGCAACAAGAAAUGGCUUCCCUGCCAUGCGUGAUUUUGUGGAGAGAGUGGUGAAAACACUUAAUAUAGGUGAAAACACUGACCAUGUGUCUGUGGUCCAGUACAGCAGAGAUGCAGAGGUCAGUUUCUAUCUGAACACACAUGACACCAGAGAUGAUGUUUUGGGUGCAGUCAGAGGGCUGAGACACAGAGGAGGCAGACCCCUCAACACCGGGGCAGCCCUCCAAUACGUCAGGGACAAUGUCUUCACAAACUCUGCUGGCAGCAGGAGUCUGCAAGGUGUUCCACAGAUGUUGAUCCUUCUAAAUGGCGGAAGGUCUUUUGAUGAUGCGGAAACACCGGCCGCUGCUCUCAGAGACAAGGGCAUCAUUGUGUUUGGCAUUGGAGCAGGAAGGGCUGCCGGGGCAGAGAUGAAAAACAUAGCAUAUGACCCCAGUUAUGCUGUGUCUGUGUCUGAUUUCUCUGACCUCCCCAAUGUCCAAGAGCAGCUCUCUUCUGUAAUGAGCACAACAGUAGUGCAGGUCACGACAAUUACACCAAAUGUAACCGGUAAGAUUGACAGUGCCAACAAGGAUAUAGUUUUCCUUCUGGAUGAUUCUGAUGCAACAAGAAAUGGCUUCCCUGCCAUGCGUGAUUUUGUGGAGAGAGUGGUGAAAACACUUAAUAUAGGUGAAAACACUGACCAUGUGUCUGUGGUCCAGUACAGCAGAGAUGCAGAGGUCAGUUUCUAUCUGAACACACAUGACACCAGAGAUGAUGUUUUGGGUGCAGUCAGAGGGCUGAGACACAGAGGAGGCAGACCCCUCAACACCGGGGCAGCCCUCCAAUACGUCAGGGACAAUGUCUUCACAAACUCUGCUGGCAGCAGGAGUCUGCAAGGUGUUCCACAGAUGUUGAUCCUUCUAAAUGGCGGAAGGUCUUUUGAUGAUGCGGAAACACCGGCCGCUGCUCUCAGAGACAAGGGCAUCAUUGUGUUUGGCAUUGGAGCAGGAAGGGCUGCCGGGGCAGAGAUGAAAAACAUAGCAUAUGACCCCAGUUAUGCUGUGUCUGUGUCUGAUUUCUCUGACCUCCCCAAUGUCCAAGAGCAGCUCUCUUCUGUAAUGAGCACAACAGUAGUGCAGGUCACGACAAUUACACCAAAUGUAACCGUGGUGAGACAGCAAGCGGGAAGAGAUGUUGUUUUCUUGUUGGAUGGAUCUGAUGAUACUAGAAAUGAAUUCCCAGCCAUGCAAAACUUUGUCCAGAGAAUGGUAGAGAGACUGAAUGUGGAUGAAAACAGAGAUCGUGUGUCAGUGGUUCAGUACAGCAGAGAUCCUGCUGUCCAGUUCUACCUGAACACUUACUCAACAAAAGGAGAAGUCCUUGGCACAAUCAGAGGUUUGAGGCACAAAGGUGGAAGACCCCUGAACACUGGUGCAGCACUUGAGUACUUGAAGGAUAACAUCUUCACGGCCUCUGCUGGAAGCAGGCGCCAAGAAGGAGUGCCACAAGUGUUGAUAUUGUUAAGCGGUGGCAGGUCUUUUGACAGUGUUGAUGCACCGGCCUCUGCUCUCAAACAAAUGGGUGUCUUGACAUUUACAAUUGGAACCAGAAACACAGACCCGAGAGAAAUGCAAAAGAUUUCACAUGAGCCGAGUGCUUCUUUGACACUGAAUAGAUUCAGUGACCUCCCAAAUGUCCUACAGCAACUUCAGUCCUCAGUUGAGACUGUGAUAGUCAGAGGCCGAGACAGUUUCACUGAUAUUACCACUCAUAUUGCUGAAACACAAGGUCCGAAGAAGGAUAUUGUUUUUCUUCUUGAUGGGUCUGAUGGCGUUGGGCGGGAGUUCCCAAUCCUCCAGGAGUUCAUGAGAAGAGUUGUGGAAUCCCUCAAUGUUGGAGAGAACAAAAUCCGUAUUGGUGUUGUCCAGUAUGCUGACUCUCCACAAGCCGAUAUGUAUCUCAACUCCCAUUCAACCAAAGAGGCUGUCCUUAACGCUAUAAGUGGGUUACGGAGACGUGGAGGAAGGCAACGCAAUCUGGGUCAAGCUCUGGAGUUUCUCGACAGGGAUAUGAUAACACCAGCCCGUGGAAGCAGGAGGCAAGAAGGUGUCCCGCAGUUUGUAAUUGGAGUCUCCAGUGGUUCUUCUACAGAUAACAUUCAGCAGGCUGCAGCAUCACUGAAACGCUCCAGAGUCCUUCCUUUCAGCAUUGGAACCAGAGAUGUUGACCCAAAUGAACUUCGGAUUCUGUCCUAUGUACCCAACUUUGCGUACACUGUGGAUGAUCUUCCUGGCUUAUACACAGUUCAAGAAACUCUUAUCAACACUUUGACAGAGAUGUCUGAUGACGAUAUCGCAAGGCUGGCCCCAGUAUUUCCUGAAUAUGUAGCACCAGUCACACCAGCCCCAUCCGGAGAUGUCAAAAGAGAUGUUGUUUUCCUCAUUGAUGGAACAACAGCAGUGCGCAGUGAGUUUCCUGCCAUUCGAGAGAUGAUACGAAGAGUUGUGGAUAAGCUAGAUGUGGGACUUGAUGCUGUUAGGAUCUCUGUGGUACAAUACAGUGAGAACCCAAGAGUUGAAUUUCUCUUAAAUGAACACUCUACCGCGCAAGAGGUCCGCAAUGCUGUGCAGAGACUGAGGAGUCGAGGUGGCAAUGUCCUCAACACCGGUCGGGCUCUUGAGUAUGUUGGAAGAAACAUCUACCAGAGAUCAGCAGGAAGUCGAAUUGAGGAGGGUGUUCCACAGUUUCUCAUUUUGGUCACUGGAGGAAAGUCUUCUGAUGAUGUGUCAUCUGCCGCUGAUCAGUUAAAGAGGAACCAGAUUGCGCCUCUUGCUGUUGGCUCCAAAAACGCUGAUGCGGAUGAGCUGAGAGAAAUUUCUCUGAAACCAGAAUUUGCCCAUAAAGUCGACUCUUUCAAUGAACUUCCAAGUGUUGAGAAUAAACUGCUGGAUUCAGUCAAAACUACAUCCACCACUGAUAUUAUCCAAGGUUAUGUCCCUGGACCUCGACCUCCUGUGGAUGUUGAAAUUGCCAAUCUUGGAAGAAAGGACAUAAUCUUCCUUAUUGAUGGCUCUGACAAUACUGGAGCCUCAGGCAUUGCUCACAUCCGCGAUUUCAUCCUCAACACUGUGCAGCAGUUGGAUGUGCAGCCAGACCAAGUGCGUGUGGGAAUAGUUCAGUAUUCCGACAGAGUCAAAACUGAAUUCUCUCUGAAUUCCCACAACAACAAAGCAGCUGUUUUAUCGGCCAUUAAGAGGCUCAGGCAAAUGGGUGGUCGCUCUUCAGACCUUGCAGAUGCCAUCAACUAUGUCAUACAAAAUGAGCUUAAACCAUCAGCUGGAGUUCGCCCAAUCGAGGCUUCACAACAUCUCGUGGUCCUGACUGGUGGACGAUCAUCCCAAGAUGUGGCUAUUUUUGGUCCACUGCUCAGGAGCGCUAGGGUGAAUUGCAUUGGUGUUGGUGCAUCUGGUGCUGAUAGAAGACAGCUACAACAAAUCGCCACCAACCCAGAAGAUGUUCUUCAUGUGCCAACGUUCCCAUCCCUGCCAGUACUCAAAGACACGCUCAUCACCAGACUGAGAGGAACAAUUGAAGAAAUCCCAACUGUGAUUGAAGUUGGGGGUGACGCAAAAAAGGCAGACAUUGUAUUUUUGGUAGAUGGCUCCAUAAACUUGGGCAAGGACAACUUCCGCGAGGUCAUGAACUUUGUGACCAAUCUAAUCGACCUAUUCUACAACGAGAAAGAUGAACUGAGAUUUGCCCUUGCACAUUACGCCACAGAUGUCACUGAUGUCUUCUUCCUAAAUACAUACAACAACAAGGACGAUAUUAUUAGUGCUAUUGGGAGGGCUGAGUAUAAAGGAGGACGUAGAAUCAACACUGGUGCAGCAAUCAAGCAUGUUCAAGAUAAGCAUUUCAUCAAAGGAAAGGGUAGCAGGAGAGAUGAAGGCAUUCCUCAAAUCCUUAUGCUUAUUACUGGUGGUCGAUCAGCUGAUGAUAGCAAAGCUGCAGCUCUUGCACUGAAGAAUACCAAAACCAGGAUCUUUACGGUUGGAGUUGGAGACAAUUUAGAUGAGUUGGAAACCCUAGCUAGUGAGCCAUCCACUGUAGCCAGAGCAAGGACCUAUCAGGAGCUGUCUGAGCUGAAUGAGCAGAUCCUGGAAGCGCUUGCAGAUGAAGUGAAGGGGAAGCCUGUCUGUGUUCUGACUGAAACCACUGCCAAACCUUGCAACAUUGAAGUCCUGCUGGGUUUUGAUGUGAAUGCCCAGAACAUCUUCAGUGCUCAGACUAACCUCCAGAACAAGAUGGGGGCCAUUUUACAGAGGAUUUCUAAAAUAGCAUCGAUCAGUUGCUCUUCAGGGCAGGUUCCUACUAUUCAUCUUGGAAUGUUGGCCAUGGGCUCCUCUGGUGACGCUGUACAGUUGGAUUUCACUGAUAAUGCAAAUGAGCUGUUUGAGGGAUUCAGAGGACUACGCACACGAGGGCCAUUUGUUCUCAAUGGACAAACUAUUUCAGCCUAUAACACAAGGUUCAAAAGCAGACAGAACGAUGUUGUGAAGGUUGUCAUUCAUCUGACUGAUGGCUUGGAUGGAUCAUUCAAUGAAAUAAAAGGAAGAGUUGAUGAACUGCAGGAGUCAGGAGUAAACAGCUUCAUCCUGGUUGGACUUGAACGAGUGCCUAAGUUUGAGGAGGCUUUGCAGCUUGAAUUUGGCAGAGGUUUCAGAUACACCAGACCUCUGCGCGUUAAUCUCAUGGACUUGGACUAUGAGCUGUUGGAAGAACUUGACAGCAUCGCAGAGAGGGAGUGCUGUGGUGUCCCAUGCAAAUGUACAGGAACCAGAGGAGACAGAGGAGCAGUUGGAUUUGGUGGACAAAAGGGAGAUCCAGGUCUUCCAGGAAGUCAAGGACAUCCCGGAGAUGAGGGUGGACCUGGAGACAGAGGUCCUCCUGGUGUGAAUGGUACUCAGGGUUUCCAGGGAUGUCCCGGACCAAGAGGCUCCAAGGGUGCACGAGGCUAUUCAGGAGAAAAGGGUGAAAAUGGAGAACUUGGUCUUGAUGGCAUCAAUGGAGAAGAUGGAAAAAGUGGAGUUGCUGGAGCAGGUGGAGACAGAGGAACACCAGGCAGAAGAGGACCCAAGGGGGCUAAAGGUCAAGCAGGAGAUAGAGGAGAAUUGGGAAUCCGUGGAGACCCUGGUCAAAGUGGUAGAGAUAGCAACGUCCGUGGACCCAAAGGAGAGCCUGGUGAUCCUGGUCUGCCGGGAGAACAAGGUGAUGAUGGAACUGCAGGCAUACGUGGAGAUGCUGGCAGAAGAGGAUCCAAUGGCAGAAGAGGAGCACCUGGGCAACCUGGAGCUAUUGGAAAACCCGGUCCCAACGGUGAGCCCGGAGAGCCCGGUGUUGCAGGCUCUAGAGGUAAACCCGGACCCCCAGGAACAAAAGGACCUAAAGGAGAGGAAGGAAACCCCGGACCAAGAGGACCUGGAGGAAGACCGGGCCCAGGUGGAGCAAAAGGCAGACCGGGAGCUCUUGGUCGCAAGGGAGAGCCAGGAGAUCCAGGAGUACAGGGUGACCAGGGUCCAGUGGGUCCAAGAGGAGAACCAGGUGAGGAUGGCAGAGACGGGUUAGGAACUCCAGGACCACCAGGGAGAAAGGGAGAUGAGGGAUUCCCGGGAUUACCAGGACCUAAAGGACCAGCUGGUGAUCCUGGAUCCAAGGGUGGACCAGGAAAGCGAGGAAACAGAGGACAGAGGGGCGUCUCUGGAGGCAUGGGCUCUCCUGGUCAGGGAGGAGAGCCCGGAUAUCCUGGACCAUAUGGCGAGAAAGGUCCUCGAGGUCCUGGGGUUGUGCAAUGUGACCUGGUUAAGAAGAUCAGGGAUAACUGUCCUUGCUGCUAUGGCAAGGAUGAGUGCCCUCUCUACCCCACCGAACUCGCUUUUGCCAUGGACGUGUCUGGAAACGUGGGUCCGGCAUUCAACAACAUGCGUGAAACUGUUCUCAAUUUGGUCCGUGACAUCACCAUCACCGAGAGCAACUGUCCUCGAGGCGCCCGUGUGGCUCUGGUCAUGUACAACAAUGAGGUUACCACGGAGAUAAGAUUCGCCGACAACUUGAAGAAACGUGCUCUGCUGAGUCAUAUCGAAGGACUGCAGACGAGGAGGACCGGAAAGGAGAGAAACCUGGCAACGGCGAUGACUUUUGUGGCACAUAAUACCUUCAAGAGAGUGCGAAGUGGGUUCCUCAUGAGAAAAGUGGCAGUGUUCUUUGUCGCUGGAGCAGUGUCGAAUACUCAAGCCAUCACCAGAGCAGCUCUCAAACUCCAUGAUGCUGGAAUCGCCACUGUGCUGCUGGUGAACAGUGAGAAUAGAGAGCUAACAAGAGCACUAACGGUAAACGGCACAGAUCUGGCCCAGGUGAUCGUCCUCCCAGGAAACACAGGAAGUGCUCAGUACAAAAAUGCCCUCCAGAUGAUCAAGAGCUGUCACGUCUGCUAUGAUGCCUGUGCUCCUGACCGGAUAUGCACCUACUCCCCUCCUCAGUUGAACCGUGACAAGAGAUCUGGCAUUACCGAUGCAGACAUAGACAUGAGUUUUGUGAUUGACAGCUCCGAGUCCACUUUCCCUUACACUUUCACCGAAAUCAAACGAUACAUCGCACACAUCGUGGAGCAACUAGAAAUCUCCUCAGACCCCAUAAACUCCCUCCACCAAGCCCGAGUCUCAGUUGCCCAGCAAGCACCAUAUAAGUACCUCCAAAACCGCACUGGGUCGCCUAUUCACAUCGAUAUCGGCUUGACGGAGCACCAGUCAUCACAGAGCGUGGUUAAAUUCUUGACUGAAAAGACACCGCAGUUAGAAGGAGGUCGAGCACUAGCAGCCGCCAUAGAAUCAGCAGUAGAGGAUAUUUUUGAGAAAGCACCAUCUCCACGGGACCGUAAAGUUUUGAUGCUUUUUGUGACCGGAAACGUGGAUAAAAACGAAGAUCAGCUGGUGAGAAUUGCCACAGAGGUGAAGUGUAGAGGGUAUUUCCUGGUGAUUUUCGGAGUCGGAGAUGGAAUAAGGGCCGGAGAUGCCAGAGUCUUGUCCCGGAUGGCGUCUGAACCAUCAGAAGUGUUCUUUAAGAGGAUAAACAGUCUAUCAGAGUUUUACGACAAGCACAUCCUGACAUUUGGACAGCUCAUGCCCAAAUAUGUCACCAUUGAAAAUGCCUUCUACAUGUCUCCUGAAGUCUCCAAACACUGCAAGUGGUUCCAGAACGAUCAGCCAUUCAAAAACCCGUUCAUAACAUCACACCGCGGGAAACAUGAGAAACGCCAUGAAAAGCAGCAGGAGGUCCAUCAUCAUAAAACACACAAAGCAGAGUCAGAUGAGCUUCAUGUCUUUAACAUCACCUCCAACAGUAUGAAGUUCCGCUGGAGCAGCUCAGACCCCAAGCACUUUGUUUACUUCGAGGUGGUGGUGACUCGACUGAGCGAUCACGCCUUGGUCCUGAAGACAAAUGUGUCUGGUACUGAACUGUCCUUGGACAAUCUGCAGAGCGCCCAGUCCUACCAUGUCGUCGUCACGGCGCAGACAGCCGAUGGAAGCAUCGUAUCCACACGCAAGGGAAUUGUCACCACCAAAGCAGCAGCGCCUAAACCAGUCAUCCUCAACACCAACACUGAAACUACAACCACAGCUCCUCUGGAGAAACCAGUAACAGCUCCCGCUAUCUCUCUUUCACUGCUGUUAUUUUGGCAUGUUGCAGCUGUGAAUGCGUUUGCCGAUCCAUGCUUUCUUGACUAUGACCCGGGGGAUUCCUGCAAAGACUAUCAGGCUAAGUGGUUCUUUGACUAUAAGAACAGGAUCUGUACACAGUUCUGGUACGGAGGGUGCGGAGGCAAUGCUAACAGAUUUGAGACUGAGGCCCUCUGCUUGAGAACCUGCAUGAACACAGGUGAGUCAAAGGUGAGGCCAAGAUUAUACAGGAAUGGAAAGCCUGAGCCAGAACCUCAAAAAGAAGUAAAAAAAGAGAAGCAGGUGGAGCAAAAGGAGGUCCUCCCAGCACCAGCAGAGGCCCGUGCCCCGGUGAACAUCUGCCAGCAGCCCAAAGAGGAGGGGACGUGUGCGAAGUUUGUCCUGAAGUGGCACUACGACAGCAGCAGUAGGAGCUGUACGCGCUUCUGGUACGGAGGCUGCGGAGGAAACCAGAACCGCUUUGAGACCUACGAGCAGUGUGUCAAAACAUGCGGCAGACCAGUCCCCAUCCACCAGGGAGCCAUGACGUCUGUAAGAACAUAAGAGACAUCAACAUGGACACACCUGUUACCUAGGCGACCAUCUGGACUGCCCAUAACUGUAGAGAUGCAAUACCAACAUCAAACCAUAGGUGGCUGCACUGGAUUCUUCCACUCAAAACAAACUUUACCCCCAAAUCCUUGAAGUUUGUACACAACAAGAAGAGAAAGACACCAACACUUUUUGCUGCAUGUAAGGUUAAACAACUGGUGCUAUGUAGUAUGUUUUACAAAUGAAGUUUUUAAAUGUUUUUUUGAAUUUCCCAUGAUUGUUACGUCAAUGCAGUUUCAUAAUUAUGAAAUGUAUAGAUAUUGUGGACAAAUUUUGCAAUAAACCUUUAUGAGUAUAGUGAAAAUAUGUUUAAGAUUCACCUAUUAACUGUGCAAUUUCUUCACUUUAAGCAAUCACAACCAAGAGCUUUGAGUGCCUGUGCUAAAAGACAAUCAACCAGUACUUAGGUACAAAAAAAUCAAUACAAAAAAGUUCAAAUUAAGUGCACUUCUGGGUACAAAGCCUCGAAAAUACACGAUUGUAGCUAGAGAUUGAAUGUAAUUUUUGGAGCUGUUUUCUACUUAUGUUCCAUUUGUGUUUCAUCUGAGCAGAGGGGAAAUAAAAAUGAACAAAACUUUCUAAUAAACUUGAGCAACUCA